AUGGGGUCCCUAAGGCAGGGCACCCACGGGUCGAAAAUGAGAGUGCGUUUCUCUUUCGGCCCCCAAGGAACGGGACAACCGGCUGCUGGGGCUUAUUCGGCAGCCGACGAGGUUCAGCAGCUCAGGGAUGGACCGGCCGGGACUGGGGCGGAGUGCGACCCGGCGGGUUGCCGGGCAACGUGGAGACCCAGGGCGUGUGGCAUGGAGCCGUUGCGAAAACUUCCCGCAAGGGGACGCCAUUUCCAAGUGUCGCAAGCCCCUGACACCAGCGCUCCCUCCUUGGCCGUCUCCCUCAGUGAAUCAGGCCGUGACCUUGGAGAUGAACGCUUGGAUUCCUGGAGCAAGUUUGCUAAGGAUUCUAAGAGCUCCCCUCCACCGUAUCUUAGUUUAAUUAAUAAUUUUUUCAAGCCAGGGAAGCCAAGAAACUCAGAGAUGAGAUUUAAAGAAAAGGCAGUGGUGGAAAUAGCGAGGCUGGACAACCAAAUAAAACAAGCUCAACCCCAACAAGAAUUACUAAUGGAGGAGACCAGGCAGCUCUACGCUGAAAAGCUCCUCGUCCAGACUGAAAACAAAUUCUUUCUGGAAUACCUAACCAACAAAACUGAGGAGUAUAGAAGGCAGCCUGAAAAGCUGUGGAACAACUAUUUACAAAAAAGUGAGGAGAUUGAACAAAGGAGGCAAGAAUCAGUCUCCGCGUAUGCGAAACAAACUUCAGCGUUUAAAAGGGAGCUCUUGCAGAAGGAAAAGCUCCAGUUCAAUUUAAAGCAGCAGUUGCAGGCACUGAAGAAUAUUUCACUCUUAAAAGAGAAACAGGAGAGAGAAAUGCAGAUGUUACAGGAGGAGAAAAAGAAAACCCAAGCUGAGACAGAGGCAAAGAAACAGGAACUCCAGGUCCAGUUACUCCAGGAAAAAGCAUUCCUGGAGAAACAACUCAGUGAGCCAGACAUGAGGCAGCUGGGAAACAGAAAAAGAAAGGUGCUGGACAGGAAGGCUCAGACCUUGGAGCUGGAAGCAAAGCAGUAUACUUUGGAGUUCUACCGCAGCAUCAGGAGAGAGAACCGGGAGUUACAGAAGAAAUUACUGCAGCAAACACAGCGGUGCCAGGACUUGCAGGCUAUUAAAAGCCAGUUAAAAAAUCAGAAGCAGCAGCUGCAGCAGGAACAGUGGUAUGUGCAGUGCUUGAUCCGGGGGAGGCAACGAUUGCAAAGGAGGCAUAACUGGUGCCCAAGACAGGAUGCUCCCAAGGACCACAGUGCCCCCUGAGUAACAAACCAAGGAUUAAUCCAAAGCAGUUCCUAAAAUAACAGAUUAAAUAAGGACUGGAGUGAAUAUUCUUAUGUGCUGUAUACACCUGGUUAGGAAGGCUUUGGCAUCUCAGAAUGCUAUGGUAAAACAUCCUUGUGAUGUGUUUAGUGGGAAAGGUUAGGUGCGUUUUUCCAGCAGUACUGCUAGAUAUUUGUGCCACCAGCUUCCCUUAAUUAGGUUUUUCCUUAAUUAGAUCUUGUAAUAAAUGGGAUGUUCCUCAAAUCUCCAGAUAGCAUAAUACCAUUUCCCAAACACCAGUACCUUAAACUAGCUCAAGAAAACCACCUUGAGGUAGUGAAAGGAAAAUAGUUCUGUGAUUUAUUUCAUCUAAGUAAGUUAGAUUUCUAAGAAUAGCAUUUCAGACUGGCUUUGUGUAGUGCCCCUGCUCUGUAAACAACCAGUUAUCCUUAUGCCUCUUGGCCAGCUGCACACAAAGAAGGCCAAGUGCAAAAAAGCUCUUUUGCAAGUCUGCACCAGGGGCCAGGCGGCUCCUUCUAUGGUUUUGUCAAGAGUGGAAAAGUAAUCUAAACAGCAUGUUCAUUAACAGGGAAGCUGGAGGAGGGGGCUGGAGCACUGCGCAGAAUGACCUUUUGUCUGAUGCGCAGCCCCUACAGUGCUAGCUUUGAGUAAACUGAGAAGGGAACAGCAGAUAAAGGGUAUGUCUGUUAGGUCAGCUUUUACUUUUGAAAAUCUUGUCUGUGAAGAAAGACCUCUAGCAUUAAUGAGGUCACUGUUAAGUUCAGGAAAAUAUAUGAAAAGUUUUUAACAUAUUGGGACUUUAAAGGGUCUUGUGCCAUCUAUUUCCCUAACAACAUUCCAAAUUCUAAGAUAAGUAAGAUUAGUUAACGUUAGAUGUAAUAAGUACUUCAGUUUUAGGUCACAGACUACAUUUUCUUACUAUGUGUGCACUUGAUAGUACAUGAAAUGCCUUUUGUAAUCAAUAUGUGCCUUAUAUUUAUGUCUGUUUAGGAGAACUGGGAAUAUUUUUAAUUAGUAUAGACUUUUAGGGUAGUUUUUAAAAAUUUUUUUGCACUUAAAGACAUACUGAUGGUUGGACUUUUUUUAUUUCUUUGCAUGCUGAAUCCCAGGUACAGGAAUAUAAAAUAAUCCCAUAUUUUAACAUCACUCCUCUAUGGGAAAAUAAAGGUAACUUUAUGUCUUCCAGAAAUUGUCAGUGAUGAAAAACUUCAAAAUAAUUUUCCUGAAUUUUCAGUUUUAUUCCUAGGUAAAAUGAAUUCCUGUAAAAUCGUGGAGUAAAAUCUUUUUCUCCCUCAAUGCCUUCAACUUCUAGCUUUAACAAUGUUUUUGUUAAAUAUGUAGUUUGUUAUUAAAAAUAAAAACCUUAGA